AUGACCGACACUAACUCCUCCGUUCCUUCUUUCUCAAUGGAUGAAGUAGAAGCGGCCCUCAAGGACCUGCUCUCCGCCCCUGUUCUUCGCGACGGCAUCGCCCCUGCCACGUCCAUCCUCAGCAGCGAAUUCAGCAAAGGAGUGGAAAGUUUUGAAGCUGCCGAACAUGAAGCCAUUGCCAAAAACCUCCACCUUUGGGAAAUCUGGGGACACCAUUGCCCUGCCUCGAAAACCCUCGAGACCAUUCACGCUGGCAGCCAGCAGCCCGUGGCUCUGAACUUUGGCAGAAUCAUCGCAUUGGCAGGCGAUUUCUACACGAACCGGACUUCCAAUUCUCCAGAGGCGUAUACACCCAUAUGUGGUCGCUUCUUCAAGUCGAACGAAUCACCGAUGUCACGAUUCCGUAACGCCGUCGAGAGCCUGCGUACUGAUGCCGACGGAUUUCUGCGCAAGAUAUGGGAGAUGAUUGGUCAUGAAGGGGACCUUAUUGAUGCAGCGCGCAGGCACGGCCACAGUCCUGCAAGCGCCUUCCACUCUGGCCAGGUUCCCCCGCAUAUUCAUCCCGAUAACUGCAAGCUGCCCGACGACGCGGAGUGGUUCAUGGCCAUGUGGCGGGGCAUCGACAAGCCGCUCAUGAGCCUGUAUGCCUGGCUGGCGUACACCAACGCAGACCACUUUGGCGAUGACGCCGUCAUGGCAUACAGCAUCGGUCAUGCUAUAGCCUUGCGCACUGCCCGGGAAGCAAAGACAAGGAAAACGCCGCAAGAACAGGCGCAGGGCCUGCAUCUCGCUUACAUCUACGAGGCCUUUGCAGCUCACUAUCUUACCGAUCUUUUCAGUGCAGGCCAUCUGCGCGCACCGCGGCACCUGCUGCACUCGAGUAACUCUAAGCUGAUGGCAUCGUGCAUGCUCAGCAAGCUGGGCAUUGAUCUGAGCAAGUUCGACAUUAAGGACAUCAAGAAGUGCAUUACUGCUGAUGCCCCUGAGAUUCCUAUUUGGGAUAUACAGCAGCGUUAUAUGCACGACGAUGACUGUGCCACCGGCCUGCUCGUCAAGAGCCGCAAUGGCGACGAGUGGAUUGCUUACGGCGAUAAGCAGUACUUUGAGUCGAAGAAUGCAGUCAACCGUGCUCGAGCCGAAUUCUGCCUGCAAGCGUCCAUAGACGAGGUCUAUCAAGUCGGCUUCGAAGGCACAGACGCCCUCGAUUUCAAAGACGACGAUGCAGCAUGGAACACAUACAAAGACAGCUUUGCCGCAAUCAAGUAUCUUCCCAUUCCCAUGCUGGCCGUCAAGUCCGCCCCAUGGACCUCAUUAGUUGGCCACGAUGAUAUGAACAAACCAGCCCCAUUGUGGAUGGCAGGCGAGGCCGACGGCAAAGGGCGAGCAAACGACUGGAGCUACCGGGCUGAUCUCAACGAUUAUUCCAACUUAUCCAGAAAGCCGGGCGUGCCAUCUGAGGUACCUGGCUCUUUCAAGGGCGGGCCGUUGCCAUUCAUUCAAUACCCCGUCGCCCGUCAGGAAUGCAUCGAUAUCCGAGAUGCAUCGUUUCGAGGUAACGACCAGUUCGCAAACCAGAAGAGCAUGGACGGCCUCCUCUCCGGCGGUUUCCUGCAGAUUCAGACUCUACCUCAUCCAGACGCGACAAAGGGGACCUGCGUGAACUUCUGGACGCCGGCAAUCGUCGACGAAGACGAGACCUUCACCAUCCGCAACCGCGUAUCCAACAUCAGAAUCCCACCGUCAUCUGGGGGAGCCAAAAGCCGCCCGAUCUUCUGGCAUACGACAAACACUUACGCCCAGGGCCUGGAGGACGUGCUCUUGCACGGCUUCUACUGGACGCCUGCUGCAGACGGGGCGUCGGCCAGUAUUGCUAUGUGCGGGAAUGCCUUCGAAGAUCCGACUCACGGCAAUACCUUCGAGCCUGGAGGCCGCCGACGCCAUUACAACUUCCACCACUCAUGGAACCUCACCCUCAAAGCGCCAUCGACGGACUCUCCAGCGGUUACCGUGAUAGCUACCGGCCUGCCCCCGGACGCUGGCUAUGCGAACCUCACUCGCAUCCUUGUUGGUGGCUUCCUGCCCUACAACACCGCUUCGCCAGAUUACUUGACCGUCACGUAUAUCAGUGACAAUGCCGCUCAGUUGAGCGCCUAUAAUGUCGAAGAGAAGGUGCAUUUUACAGACGAGGUGCAACUUCCUUUACCGCUCUACAGCCACAGCAAAGAUUUCCGCCCGUCCUCCACGGGGAAGAAGUCUCUGCUCUUGGUGCAUGCCGAAAGAACGGCCGACUCGAAGCUUUCAGUCAACAUGUGGGAGGCUCGGUUUAGUUUGCUGAGAAAUGCCGAGGCAAAGCCUACCAUCUCCUCACAGACCUUCCACCGGGAAUUUGACGCUGAUAUCGACAACCCUGUCGCGCCCAGCGACUAUCCCGUCCUCGUCGGAGACGUCCUCGGCUGCGGCUCAGACCAAGUCGUCGUUGUCUGUGGAGAUUUUACAGCGCCUACUCUCCGGCUGUUCGGGCACAUCUCUGCUAGCGGUGCGCAGGGUCAAGAAACAAACACGACCAUGGCGACCCUAGGCCGCAGCAAGAUGUCCUCACCCUGCGACUUGAGACUCGUGCGCCCAUACAUGACCGCCUUGAUUGCAAAUCAAGGCGGCUCGGGCCUGAACGUGCUCCAAAUCUCGCAGCACGCAAGCCCCUCCGGCGAUAAGUAUAUGGUCUUCCACACGUACAUGCGUGCCUCAUCUACUAGCGGCAAUAAUGCCCCCAACGUGGAAAACCAGGACGCGAUCAUCUGGGACACCGUCAAAGAAGUCACUGUCAAAGAUACACUCGCCAGCAGCAAGAGCGGGCAGUACUUCCACAUCAAAUUCAUCCAGACGACGUACGACAUUCAAAACAAGACCCGGCUCCAUGGCAUCCUCGAGGUGUUCAGCUGGUACGGCGUGCUUGGGGUUCGGCUAUUUGCGGCGGGCAAGGCGGGCUGGGACUACGAGUUGCGCGGGCAGCAGCCGUACCUGGGGCAGACGUCGAUUAUGGCUGGGCCUGGUUGCACGGGGGACUGGGGGAGCGGGAUUUUACCAUGGACUAGUGAGGAUGACUGGGUUGACAGCUGUGUGUUUGUGCCAAGGUCGAAGGAUGAUUUGACGGUGGGGAGAUGGGGGAUGGCCAGGGAGGAUCUGGGGAGGGAGUUGGUGGCGGGGUGGGAGGUUGACAAGAGGCCGUUGCGGUGA